CCUGGCCGAGCUCUCAGCUGGAAGCCAUGGAGAGAGCCUGCAGCCCCGCGCUGAGGCUGCUGCCCAAUCCGAUCACGAAGCAGCUUCCGAGCAGCUGGAGCCACGGCAGAUGCAGAAGCUUGGCCGUUCACGCGCGGCUUCCAACCGAAGAUGAUUACGCUGCCGAGUCACCGAAGAGAGUUCAAGUUACACAGGUGAAUACUGGCAUACUACUUCCGGAACUAGAAUGCAGAGCUGCUCAUCACACACCAUCUGCUGCUUUCAUGCUUUCUACCCAGAGCCUCAGGAGGAGCCGCCGGAGGGGAACCGGCACGCGGCAGAGCCUGGUCUCCGUCGGGACGUCUCGCGGCGGAGGAGAUGAGUGGAGCAGUGAGUUCGACCUGACGCUCCGGCAGCUGCGGCUGGACGACCUGAUCGAAGACGGGCAGAGCGACGCCGACGUCGUAGUGCACCUUCUGGUCCAGCAGCACAGCCAGUUCGGGAUGUCAAUUAAAGGGCGGGUCGUCACUUCGUUCGGCAAGAUAUGCGAUUCCUGCUCCACCCCCUACCUCACAAAGAUUGAUGAUCACUUUGAUAUCACGGUGCUGUCCUCCUCCAGGAAAGAUCACAGUGGGAUGCCUGAAAUCGGAGACAAUGAUCCAUCAGUCAUCUCCGUGAAGCCAGGAACCGAGAUUGACAUCGACUCAUCAAUCCAAGAGACGAUACGAUUAGCAGCGUCAGCCAAGAGUUCGUGCUCAGAGGCGUGUGAAAAAUCUACUGUCGUAUGGAAAUCUGGUGGCAACCAGAAGAGAAGAUACAGCCAAAGUUGGUCAAAACUUCUGGAUCUGAAGAGAACUCUGGAUAAAGCACCUAGCUGAAAUACUGCAUAAGCUGACCAUAUCGAUGGAGCCUGUUGCUGCCUGGCAACACGAUGGUUCUCUGAUAUGAUUAUAUGAAUGCUUAUGUGUAUCUUGCAAAAAGCAAUGUGAGAUCAUGAUUGAUUAGUGGACCUGUCAACCCAGUGAUCGAGUGCCCGUCUCCAUAACAGUUAACUGUAUACUCAUAGACAUUGUGAACAUAACAAAGCGUUUCUACAAAUUUAUUUCCUCUAGAGAAGAAAUGUAAGGAUUUAUUGCA